AUGUCACAGGUCUUCCGCAAAGACCAAGCGGCUCCCCAGAUCCCCGACGCGCAUGCGUGGGUCAUCGCCCCGCAACUCUUUACUCCGGCACGCAGCAGCGAGGACGAGAUCCAAGUUCCCGACCCGCGUGUCUUUUUGGGGGUCGCGGCGCCGCCGUGCUAUUUUGCUGUUGUUGCGCCCAGUAUUAGUGAUAUACUGCGCGCUAGGCUGCUGUAUCCGGUGCCGAGCCAGCUGGCGGUGCAUUUGUGUUUGGUGGAAUGUUUUUUGAGAUUGAGAGAGGAGGUAUUGGGUGCUGGGAAUGAUGGACAGGUUGAUAGGGAUCCGCCGAGGGAAUACGGAAAAGAGAGAGAGAAAAAGACAGAGAAAGAGGAACAGGAAGGGAAAACAUCUAAUCAGAGUCAUCUCUCUCCACACCAUAAAUGGGAUCUGUUCGUCAAGACAGCCGUCACUCGGUUCGACCGCUGGUGGCUCAAAAUCAACAAUAUCAUCCAACAUGCAAAGAUAUACACGGGGUCUACCCCGUCACCGAUUCUCACCACGCUCUCCAAGGACUAUCUUCCUCCCCUGGACGUGCUCCUGGUAUGGUACAGCUACAUGCUGCAGCCAUCGUACGCACGCGACUGCGAAGAACACGAGAAACCAAAUGCGCUCAAGCUCGCCUUUCCAUGGUCCAGUCUACACGGAGUCAUUGAUCCCAAGACCCUGGAAUAUAAACUGCCAUCAGCUGCAAAGACAUUAUUCCGGACGAUGACAUCGCAACCUGCAGAUUUGCCCUGGGAUCUACCCAUGGAUUCUACAUCUACAUUCAUGUCCCCAGACCCAGAUACCGACCCAGGAAAAGACCCAGUCCCGUCACUCACCAACCACGAAUAUACCGUGGACCUCGAAUGGGCAGUCCACGACCAAACCCCCUUUUUCGAAGAAACCCACCAAUACAACUGGCUGCGCUCCCCGAGCUGCACGGAGUCCCUCGAGCGGUGCAUCGAGCGCUACAAGCAAUUCCUGUUUGUGGCGGGCCUUCCAGAGGCUAAAAGCGAGCACCUGGAUCCCGCGUGGGAUGUUGGUCUUGCGUUGAGGACGCAUCAGCUGUAUCCGCGCAAUUUCCAGAGCUUUGUGCUUGAGUUUCUGGGUGGGGAUAUUCGGUGCAUUCGGGAUCCGCCUCCUCUGAAGAAAGAGGAAGAGGCGUUGUCUAAGAACUCGGCUGAUGCUGCGAGCGAGCUCUUUGGGAGGCAUUUUGGGACGGUCUUUCGGUGUUGCUUUUGUUGGGCUUGUGAGUGUCUCAGAAGUGCUGUUGCUGGGAACAGCAGCAGCAGCAGCAACAAUAAUACCACGGCUGCGUUCCCGUCGAGUCUCUCGGACAAGCAGACCAUUCAGAUCCGGAAAACUCUUGGUCUUUAUCUGGCUAUUGAGCGGGCCCGCCAGAAGGGCGAGCGCCUUCCUCGUCCACUAGAUCGAAAACCCCAAGAUAAGAACGAGAAAAAUGUGGACCGCCUUGCUGAGUAUCAGCGCUGUGGGCGCUGGUCUAUUCGGCAAACGUUGUCUGAGGUUUUGAGGCAGGUUGGUACGGUGCCAAAGCAAUAUGGCUGA